AUGGUUAAAGAGACGAAGCUCUACGACGCCCUGGGCGUCAAGCCCGAUGCUACCCAAGACGAAAUUAAGAAGGGCUACAGAAAAUCAGCUCUGAAGUUCCACCCCGACAAGAACAAGGACAACCCGAAGGCAGAGGAGAAGUUCAAGGAAGCCUCGCAAGCCUACGAAAUCCUUUCCGACCCCGAGAAGCGACAAGUCUACGAUCAGUAUGGUCUUGAAUUCCUCCUUCGAGGUGGCGCCGCAGCGCCCGAAGGUGGCAACCCCUUCGCCGGCGGUGGCGGUGUGCCUCCCGAGUUCCAAGGUUUCGACUUCAGUGGAAUGCCCGGCGGAGGUGGCGCUCGAUCAUUCCACUUCAGCACCAACGGCGGUGGUCCCGGAGGUGCUGGGGGUUUCAACUUUGGCCAGGCCAAUGACAUCUUCGAGCAAUUUAUGCGUAUGAAUGGCGGCGGCGUCGACACUGGGAUGGAGGAUGCUUAUUCCUUUCCUAGCGGUGCCGGAGGCCGUCACACUCCCCGCACAAAGUCAGGCGGCUUUGGCCGUGAACCUCGCAGGCAUUCGUCAAACCCAGAGGUCUUGUCGGUCGAGCGACCGCUGCCGUUGACCCUCGAGGAGCUCUUCCACGGUACUAAGAAGCGAAUGAAGGUUACAUCCAAGACAUACGAUGCUUCAGGGAAACAAAUUGUUAAAGACAAGAUUCUUGAUGUCCCUGUUAAGGCCGGAAUCAAGAAGGGCUCGAAAAUCAUGUACAAGGGCGUAGGUGACCAAAUCGAGGGAGGUCGCCAAGAUAUGCACUUUGUCAUCCAAGAGAAACCACACCCACUGUACACCCGCGAGGAUAACGAUCUUGUCCAUGUGAUCACUCUCGAUCUCAAGGAAGCCCUUACCGGGUGGAAGCGAACUGUCACAACCAUCGAUGGCAGGCAGAUCAACUUGGACAAGGCCGGGCCCACCCAACCUGGCAGCGAGGAGCGUUUCCCACACCAAGGCAUGCCCAUCUCCAAGCACGAGGGACAACGCGGCGACUUUGUCAUCCGAAUCAAGGUCAACUUCCCAUCAAGUCUAACGGCAGCCCAAAAGCAGAAGCUUCGCGAGAUUCUAUAA